UGACAGCUAGCUUGACUGUUAGCAGCUAACCAGGUUUAGACGCAGAAGUUUCAACACUUGUAAAUCAGGCAGAAAGAAAACGCACAGCUGGUUUUACAGUCAGGUUGAGCUACAUCACUGCAAACAUGACCAAGCACGAGUUUGAGGUGGCGAUGACCUGUGAGGGUUGCUCCGGAGCUGUGACCAGAGUCCUCAACAAGCUGGGAGAUGUGAAGUUUGAGAUCGACCUGCCUAAGAAACUGGUUUGGAUCGAGUCCGACAAAGACGUGGACGUCCUCACGGAGACGCUGAAGAAAUGCGGCAAGGAGGUCAAGUACAACGGCACCAAAUGAAGGAGUCUGCUCGUGUACAACAGGUGACAUGAUAGUGACAAAAUAAUUGCUGCUGACGCAAACUGAAGAUUUAUACUGGAUUUAAAGUUCUUUACCCAUCAGGGAGAGUCUGAUGGACCCUGAGUGCACCCCCCCCACCCACCCACCACCCUGUCACAUGUCUACUUAAAUGCUCAAGCGCACAACAAAACCCCCUCCUCCCCUUCUCCUUGGAUGCAGAUCUUCUAUCAGUGUUGGGAUUCACGAAGCCAGGAAACGCAGAGAGUGAAGAAUAACAACAUACCCAAAGAUUAUCAUGUUGGCACUUCCUUGUCUUAAUUAUGUGCAACACUGUCUGUGACAUCCGCUAAUUUGUUUGUUUUUGCUCCAUGUGAAACAGCCAGAGGUGAUUAAGUUAUAACUGUGUUGUCAUCACUGUCCAAUUAUCCUCCAGCAUGCCUCCAUUUAGCAGGAGGACACAGCCUUGUUGCAUCUUGUCAUUUUAUCUCCAGACGUCUUGUUUUGACUUUGCACUCGUGUGUUUAUUCAUCUCAUCAUUAACAGAGGAAGGGGGAAUGAGGCAGGGCUUUACAUUUAAAUGCCAGCUGUAAAAUCAAAAAAGAGCAUCAGCGUUUUUCACUAUAAAACUGCAUGAAUGGGACACAAGCGGUUUAAAAGUACAUUCCCUUAAUCCUAAAAUACGCAGCAAAUUAUUGCAUCAGUAUUAUUAUAUUUUAUUUGGAUUUGACAUCAUUAAAAUUCAUCCCUACAGGCUC